AACAGACACAUAUCAGCAAUAAGAGAAGCGGAUGAUGACAUCUUCACACCCAGGCUCCGGUGGUGAAAAACUCAAAUACUGCUAACAAACGCAAGCACUUUUAAAUGCAGAAUAUCUCUAUGGCGGUGCUUGAAAUCUGAUAUUACUGGACGCUUGAAGAGAAAACUCAUACUUCAAGAGGAAAGAUGGGAUGUAACUGCAGUUCGGACUACUCAGACAGCGAGUGGAUCGAGAACUUGGAUGAAAUCUGUGAACACUGCAACUGUCCCAUAGCUCCUCAGUCAUGCAAUCCAUACACAGACCAGCUGAUUCCCUUUCAGCCAUCAAACCAUUCGCCCCCCACAUCUCCUUUACCAGACAACCUCGUGGUGGCCAUUUACAGUUAUGAACCCAACCAUGAUGGUGACCUGGGCUUUGAGAAGGGAGACAAACUCAAGAUCAUCAACAAGGAGGAUCCUGAGUGGUAUCUGGCAGAGUCUCUCACCACAGGCCAGCAAGGCUACAUCCCAUACAACUUUGUUGCAAUGACCACAGUGGAGACUGAACCGUGGUUCUUUAAGAACAUCUCUAGAAACGAAGCCAUGAGGCUCCUCCUGGCUCCCGGGAAUACGCUGGGCUCCUUCCUGAUUCGAGAGAGUGAGACGACCCCAGGCUCAUACUCCUUAUCGAUCAGGGACUUGGACCACAACACCGGCGAGGGAGUCAAGCACUACAGAAUCCGCAACAUGGACAACGGCGGCUUCUACAUCACAGCCAAGAUAUCCUUUAACUCGCUGAAGGAGCUAGUCCAGCAUCACUCACGUGAUGCAGAUGGGCUGUGCACAAAGCUGAUGAAGCCGUGUCAGUCUAGGGCGCCGCAGAAGCCCUGGUGGCAGGACGAGUGGGAGAUUCCCAGAGAGUCCCUGAAGCUGGAGCGCAGGCUCGGAGCGGGACAGUUUGGAGAGGUCUGGAUGGGUGUCUACAACAAUGACCGGAAGGUGGCAAUUAAAAACCUGAAGAUGGGUACAAUGUCAGUGGAAGCCUUCCUGGCAGAGGCGAACAUGAUGAAGAACUUGCAGCAUCCACGCCUCGUCCGCCUCUUUGCUGUCGUCACCCAGGAGCCAAUCUAUAUCGUCACGGAGUACAUGGAAAAUGGUAGCCUUGUGGAUUACCUGAAAACAACGGAUGGAAGCAGUUUGCCCAUGAACACCCUGAUAGACAUGGCAUCUCAGGUGGCUGAUGGAAUGGCCUUUAUUGAGGCUAAAAAUUACAUCCAUCGAGACCUGAGAGCAGCCAACAUUCUGGUGUCUCAUGAACUCAUCUGUAAGAUUGCCGACUUUGGACUAGCAAGACUGAUUGAGGACAACGAAUACACAGCGAGAGAAGGUGCAAAGUUCCCCAUCAAAUGGACUGCCCCAGAAGCUAUUAACUAUGGCACCUUUUCCAUAAAAUCAGAUGUGUGGUCGUUUGGCAUCCUCCUGACUGAAAUAGUGACAUACGGACGCAUUCCUUACCCUGGUAUGUCCAACCCAGAGGUAAUCCAGAACCUGGAGAGGAACUACAGGAUGCCGAGGCCGGACAACUGUCCAGAGGGGCUUUACAACAUCAUGUGCUUGUGCUGGAGGGAAAACCCAGACGACAGGCCCACCUUCGAGUACCUGAGGAGCGUUCUGGAGGACUUCUUCACCGCCACAGAGAGGCAGUACCAGGAAUAGCCUUGAUGGGGCAGAGAGACAUAAAGACAUGCAACAAAUAUACUCAAACUAAAGGCCUAUCCUGUGAAAGUGGAGGCUGGAUUAUAUUUUUUUUUGUUUGUUUGUUUGUUACUGAGAUUUUGCAAAUAAGAGUACUUUGUGUCUGCAUACUGAAAUGGCCUCUUCGAUACAAUACAGUCACAUGUGGAACCUGAAGCACCCUGUGGAGCCAGCUGGGAACUGUCUGAUGUAGCUGAACAUGUAGCUGCUCUCCUGGUGCUUAUUAUUAAGAUGUAAAUAUUGUCAAACUGCUUCCGCCAUGUCUUGCCUGUGCAGUUUAACCAGUGUUUUCAAAUUGUUCUACCUACAGUAAAAAAAAAAAAAAGUCUUUA